AUGGCAGAUGCGGCUGUUGAGCUGCCAUAUCUGGCCUCACAUUAUGCGAUUCCAGAAGUUACCCUUUCGACCCUGAGUCAGGCUCCAACAACCGACCUGGUCAAUCAACUUCUGCAGUCAAUCACAAAGAAGGCACAUGAGUUUGAUGAGCUCAAAUCUGACAAGCUUCGCUUGGAUGUUGAGCUCGAGAACGCUGUGCGCAGCAAUGAGUCCAAGGUGAAGGUGUUGAAGACAACAGUGGAAAAGGGCCAUGCUGAAGUCGAAGAUCUUCGAAAGAAGUUACACGAAUCUGAAAACACACGUUCCUCUCUUGAAUCGGAGAUCUCUACACUCAAAUCAACCUCUACCACCAACGAGACUGAAGUCAACUCGCUCAAAUCUCGUAUCUCAACCCUCGAAGCCGAGAAAAGAGAAAGCCUUGCCUUGCUUGAAUCGAAAUCUGCAGCCCAUGACAAGCUUGCGGAAGAGCUGUCCACACAACACAAGAAAACGAUUGAAUUGCGGCGCGAGCUUUCCACCGCAGAACAGAAUCUCCAAUCCGCAAACUCGGCUUCUGCAAGCUCGCGAUUCCGUGAACAAAGUCUGCAGCAAGAACUAGACCUCACAAAGAAGAACAACGAAUGGUUUGAGACGGAGUUGAAGAGGAAGGGCGAAGAAUAUAUCAAAUACCGCAAGGAAAAGACUGCUCGGAUCUCAGAACUCCAACGCGAAAACGAAGAGUCUGCUGCUAUAAUUGAUUCGCUAAGACGUAGCGAGAACUCUUUGAAGACCCGCCUGGAUGAUACCGAACAUCGUUACGAAGAAUCAUUGGUCAGCAUCAAUCAACUGAAGGAAGAUGCUAUCCAGUCUGCCGAGUCCUUCCGUAUUGAACUUGACAGUGCCAACAGACUUGCCAACCUUCAAGAGUCCGCCGCGACUACCGCCAAGCAACGUGUGCAAGAGUUUCAGCUCGCAUUGGAGAAGGCCAAGGAUGACGCGGCCGAAGAAAUCUCUCGCCUGCGUGUUGAAGUUGAAACCGAGCACUCUGACAAACAGGCGGCCGAGCGUCAUGUGAGCGAACUUGAAGAAACCAUCACUCAACUCCAGGCUCAGGGUAGCCGCAACCGUUCCAUGAGCCCGGCUCGUUCCCUUAAUGGCGUGGGCCCAAGUACACCUUUGCGACCAGGCACACCUGGUGGCACGUUCUCUCCUCGAACCUCUCGCACUAAGAGCGGUCUUACUCUUACCCAGAUGUAUACUGAAUACGAUAAGACGAGGACCCAGCUCGCUGCUGAGCAAAGAAUAAACCAGGAACUCCGAACUACUCUGGAUGAGAUGGUCCAGGAGAUCGAGUCUAGCAAGCCGGAGAUCGACUAUAUUCGUGCUGAUCAUAAGCGCCUCGAAGAUGCGAUGAUUGAUAUGUCUAAGCUACUCGAGACGGCCGGCAAGGAACGUGACGAUGCUACCAAGGAGUCAAGGAGAUGGCAAGGCCAAGUCGAAGGUCUUGCUCGCGAAGGAGACAUUCUGCGUCAACAACUUCGCGAUCUGAGUGCUGAAGUGAAGGUUCUGGUCAUGGAAGUUGCUCUCGCCAAGCAAGGAGAAGACUAUGAUCGCGAAGAACUCGAGAAAAUUUCUCGGAAUGAAAUCGAGGAAUCUUCGGCUGAAUUGAGCCCGACUGGUCGUUUCAUCAGUCGGAACCUGACAACAUUCAAGGAUCUCCACGACCUGCAAGAACAAAACCUCACGCUUCGGCGUAUGCUUCGCGAGCUUGGAGACAAAAUGGAAGGCGAAGAGGCUCGUGCAAAGGACAACAUACGUCAGCAGGAAGCGGAAGAGCUAAAAGAACUGAGAAUCCGGGUACAGACCUAUCGUGAUGAGAUUGCCAACUUGGUUGCGCAAUCCAAGAGCUACGUGAAGGAGCGUGAUACGUUCCGUAGCAUGCUCACUCAUCGUCGUCAGACUAUUGGAGAUCCCUCUCUAUUCUCCCAGUCUGUCCCCCCGGGCGCUGCUCCACCAACUGUUUUUGAUAGCCAGAUUAAGGACACGACCGAUUACGCCGAACUUUUGCGUAAGGUUCAGGCUCAUUUCGACACAUUCCGCGAAGAGACUGCCACCGAUCACUCGGCUCUACGCCAGCAAGUCAAUGAACUUUCACGGAAGAACAGCGAGCUGCUCAGCGAAAUCAGUAGAUCUAGCAGUCAACUUGCUGCUUCCUCUCAACGUGCUGAGCUUUUGCAAUCCAACUUUAACAUGCUCAAGAGCGAGAAUAGCGAGCUACAAAAACGUUAUUCUACGCUGUUCGAAAAUGCCAAUCGACAAGACCUUCGAACACAACAGGCUGCCGAGGAUCUUGUCGAGGCCAAGGGUCUCCUGGAUAGCCUCACCCGAGAAAACGCGAAUCUCAAGGCAGAGAAGGAUCUGUGGAAAAAUAUUGAAAAGCGUUUGAUUGACGAUGCGGAAAAUCUGCGGAACGAACGCAGUCGACUUGAUUCGUUAAAUGCCAAUCUGCAAACAAUCCUUAAUGAGCGCGAGCAUGCUGACUCUGAGACCCGACGUCGACUCCAGUCAAGUGUCGAGUCGCUCGACUCUGAGCUACAGUCGACAAAGCGCAAACUCAACGAUGAAAUGGAGAGUUCCAAACAGGCUGUGCUGCGUCGUGAUUAUGAGCAGGAGCAAAGCCAGAAACGGAUUGACGACCUAGUCACCAGCCUCGGUGCUGUCCGCGAGGAACUUGUUGCUACAAAGACGACAAGAGACCAUCUGCAAUCUCGUGUAGAUGAGCUUACUGUCGAGCUCAAGAGCGCAGAGGAAAGACUCCAAGUGAUCCAGUCUCGACCAAGCGUCUCUGCGGCUCCCUCCGCAACCCCCGCCACCACACAAGAGGUGGGUGACGGUAGUGGCCUGACUCGCGAACAGGAACUCGCAAUCGAGGUGUCCGAACUUAAGCGCGACCUAGACCUGGCGAAGGGCGAACUCACCCAUGCUAAGGAGCGCGUUGAAGAAUACCAAGCUAUAAGCCAGUCGACCGAGGAGCGUAUGGAGUCCGAGUCUGAAACUCACGCCUUGUACCGCGAGGAGACCGACCGUUUGAUCGAAGAGAAGGACAAAAAGAUCCAAGAUCUGGAAACUCGCCUCGAAGAAAUUUCUUCUGAGCUUUCGACAACCAACACUGAGAUCUCUAAGCUUCGCGACGUGCAAGGCGAAGCUACGCGUCACUUGGAAGAACAGAAGGCUAAUUUCGAGUCGGAAAUUACUCGCCUGAAGGAUGACAAUGAAAGACAUAUUGCCGCCGCCCAGUUCCACCAGGAGGAUCUCAAAGCCCAGGCUGAGAUUGCGCAAAACGCUCAGCAAAAUUAUGAGGCUGAAUUGGUCAAACAUGCCGAAGCCGCAAAGAAUGUUCAGGCAGUCCGCGCGGAGGCCAAUCAGCUCAGGCUCGACCUAACUGAGUUGCGUACGCAAGCCGAGACCUACAAAAAGGAUUUGACCCAGAAGGAAGAGAGCUGGGCCGAACAGCGGGCUAGGUACGAAGGAGAACUCACCGAACUGCACAAGCGCCGCGAGGAAGUUCUUCAUCAGAACUCCGUGCUGCACAACCAGCUUGAAAACAUCAGUAAUCAGAUCUCUGCUCUUCAGCGUGAUCGUGUCAAUAUUCCCGAGAACGAUGAUCAGGAAGGUGAACAAUCCGCUCCCAACUUGGAGGGCUUGCAGGAAGUCAUCAAGUUCCUGCGCCGCGAGAAGGAGAUAGUUGAAGUGCAAUACCACCUCUCGACGCAGGAGGGCAAGCGACUCCGCCAGCAACUCGAGUAUACGCAAUCCCAGCUUGACGAGACACGCCUCAAACUCGAAGAACAACGUCGUUCUGCGGCUGAUAGUGAACACAAUGCUCUCAACCACAACAAGCUAAUGGAGACCCUCAAUGAGCUGAAUCUCUUCCGUGAGAGUAGUGUCACUCUUCGCAACCAAGUCAAGCAGACCGAGUCCGCUCUUGCUGAGAAGUCAGCACGGGUCGACGAGCUUGUUCUACAAAUUGAGCCUCUGGAGACCAAAAUUCGCGAAUUGGAAGGUAUUAUGGAGGCAAAGGAUGGUGAGAUGCAGCUACUACAGGCCGACAGAGACCACUAUCAGAAGCGUAUCCAGAACAUUCUUCAAAAAUACGACCGAGUUGAUCCGCAGGAGAUGGAGGCUUUGAAGGAGAAACUUGCCACCCUCGAAAAAGAGCGUGACGAGGCCAUUGCUGCGCGAGAUGAGGCUGUUGCUACACGUGAUGCCAUUCAAAAUGAAGCUACCUCUUCUACCGAACAAGUGCAGGCUGCGGAGCAGGCUGCGGAGACUCGGAUCAACGACUUGCGGAACAGACUUACCGAGCAGUUCAAGGCUCGUUCGAAGGAGCUAUCUUCUCGCAUCAACAACAAGCAAAUUGAGUUGAACACGGCUUUGCAGGAGAAGGAAGUACUACAAGAGGAGCUCAACAAUGCCAAGGCCGAGCUGGAAGUCUUGAAGACCAAGACGGCAGAGGUUCCAAUUUCACCAGCCACAUUAGCAACACCGGCGCCAGCUGCUAUGGAAGCCACUCCGAUCAACCCCACACCAGCGUCCCAGUUCCCGACAGCCACUACUACCAUUACCACAGCUGGCAACGACCAAAAGGUCCAGGAACUUGAAGCUAAGGUGGAGCGCUUGGAGGCUGCACUUGCCGAAAAGGAUGGAAUUUUGACUGCUAAAGAGGCAGAAUUGGAGGCAAAGGUCAAGGAGCGUGCCGAUAAGCUCAAGGAAUCCUUUAACAGCAAACUAGCUGAAAUCAGAGCUACUCACCGUCAAGAAAUUGAGAAGCUCUCUGGCGGAGAAGUGUCAGCCCCUGCCACCCCCGGUGCCACUAUUGAUCAACCACCUGCUACCCCAUCGAAGGCUGGGUUUGAGAUUCCGGACUUGACUGAUGCUCAAGCUCGUGAACUGGUCGCAAAGAAUGAAACGAUCAGCACCAUUGUCAAAAACAAUAUUCGCAACUGGGUGAACAAGGAGCGAGAGAAGGCGAAACAAGAGGCCGAGGCUACUGCCGCUACCCAUGAAGAGACUCUGAACGGACUGAAGAAGACCCACGAGGAUGAGGUUGCUGGAAAGAUCAAGUCGGCCGUGGAGCUUUCUGAAAAGAAGUCAGCUGCUCGCAUCAGUAUGCUCGAUACUCGCGUCAAGACUGCAUUGGCCAAGAUUGACGUUGUGCAAAAGGCUGCUGGCGAGACCCCGCAGAAGCCUGUUGUUGAAGUGUGGGAGUUAGCCAAGGCAGCACGGCCUGCACCUGCCGCUCAAGCUGCCAAGCUGCCGGCCGCUGCAUCGCCGGCACCCGUAGCUUCGCCUGCACCCGCGACACCUUCUCCAGCGCCAGCUGCAACACCUAGUCCAGCUCUGACGAACCUCCCUGCUGCUGCCCCUGUGCAACAGGCUCCUACCCCGGCUGUCCCGACUGAGAAUGCCACAACUAAUGCUCCAACUUCAGAGAAGACUGAGGAGCAGGCUGAAGAGGGCGAGGUUGAGACCGUAGCGCCGCCGAAUCCUUUCGGACAAAUCCAACAGAUCAAUGCGCAAAAUAAACAACAACCUCCGUCGUUGCCAACUAAACCUCCUGCGGGUAAUCAUCCUGGCAUCUUGAAAACUAUUCAAUCCAACCUUCCUGUUGCACGGGGUGGCCGUGGUGGGGCCCAAAACUCAUUUGGCCGACAGCAACAGCAAGCCCAGCAACCGCAACAGGCCCAGGCUCAACCGCAAGCUCAGCGUGGCUCUGGUAUCGCUCGAGGUCGUGGUGGCCGGGGGGGACAAGGUCGCGGUGGAAAUCAGAACCAGGCCGCUGCCAAUCAAAAUCAAGGCCAAACUGGCAGCCCGACCGCCAACCGCGGCGGGUUGAAUGUUCAAGCGCGCCAAUUCAUUCCCCAGGGCAACAAGCGUUCUCGCGAGGAUGGAUCUGACGCGAACAACGAGGGUGGAAGUGGUGGUAAGCGCGUUAAAGGUGGUGGCGGAGGACAAGCGCGCGGUGGUGCAUCGGCCUAG